AAAACCCUAAAUCUAAAAUGUGCGCAGCUCCAGUGGGUCAUUUCUCCCCGCAGCAGUUAGGUAGGGAGAAAAGAGAAGAAAAAUGACUACUAGGUUCAAGAAGAACAGGAAGAAGAGAGGACACGUGAGCGCCGGGCACGGUCGUAUCGGGAAGCACAGAAAGCACCCUGGUGGACGCGGUAACGCUGGAGGUAUGCACCACCAUAGGAUCCUGUUCGACAAGUACCAUCCUGGUUACUUUGGUAAGGUCGGUAUGAGAUACUUCCACAAACUUCGUAACAAAUUUUACUGCCCUGUUGUCAACAUCGACAAGUUGUGGUCGAUGGUUCCUCAAGACGUUAAGAGUAAAGCCACCAAAGACAACGUUCCCUUGAUCGACGUUACACAGUUCGGUUACUUCAAGGUUUUGGGUAAAGGUGUUUUGCCUGAAAAUCAACCCGUUGUCGUCAAGGCCAAACUCGUCUCCAAGAUUGCGGAGAAGAAGAUUAAGGAAGCUGGCGGAGCUGUUGUCCUUACCGCUUAGGUUUUUUCAAUUUAGUAAUUUUUAUUAUAAUUUUUAUCUUAUGAGUAAUUUUGGAUGCUUUGUUAUUGUUUGGGUUUAAUGCAUUUGGACCAUUUCACUUA